AUUCGACAUGGCGCCAUCGCGCCCGCGCUGUUGCAAGUUUGUGACCUACUAGCGUGACAAUUAGUCAUGUCAUAUUCGCGUAUGGUUAUUGAGAAAAUCCAAUGGCAGAUUCUUUUUUCGGGUUCGAUACCUCGUUGUCGAACUUAAAUGAUGAUGAUUGCGGUGCUGAGCCGUCGGAGGAGGAGUAUGACGCGCUUAACGAUGAGACUUUUGGCCACGAAGAGGACUUCGACUGGGAGGUGGAACAUGAGCAGCAUGCAGAGCAGAUGGAAAGCAGUCGAAGGCAGAAUGAGAUGGACGAGGCAGACUCCAGGCUUGAGGCCUCUUUAUCCCAGCUAGUCUUAGAUGACACGGAUACGACACAUAAAAACACGCUUGGCUCUAGCGUAUGGCGACACGAUCUUUUUCCAGCACAUCAGCCCGUGCAGCCUCUCAAAAAUGUCUGCACUGUGGAAGAACUUGAAAGGCAGCUUCGCCAGAAUCAGCCACAGCACAACCAACAGCAGGUCCAACCGCCACAGAACUUUCAACAGAACUAUUUUCAGCCUAGAUUUCCACCGGUUAUAUUACAACGACCACCAGGCUUGCAGGCGCCAGUUUCAUUGCCGUUCGCGCCUCAGCCUAUCGGCCCCAAUAAUCCGUUAAAUCAACCAGUCAACAAGCCGUUCAAUCAGAGUACUCAAAUAACAACACCCAAUCAAAUGCAAAUGCAGAUGCAAAACCACUUGCCUCAAAAUAUGAAUCCUAUUGGGCCUAUCGGACAAAAUAUGAAUCAAUUCAUGCAAUCAAAUCAUCAGUUCCAAAACAAUCAGAUGUGUCAAGGAAUGAUGAACCAGAUGCAACAAAAUAUGAAUCAAGCUGGUCCUAAUAUGAAUCAGAUUGGGCCAAAUAUUACUCAAAUGGGACAAAUGAAUCAGCAGAAUCAGUUAUUUCCGUCGCAAUCAACCCACAACCAGAUGGCUCCAAAGGGACUAAACAAUCAAAUGGGACAAAAUGUAGGCCCGAAUUUGAAUCAAAUGGGCCAGAACAUGAAUCAAAUGGGCCAGAAUGUGAAUCAAAUGGGCCAGAAUAUAAAUCAAGUGGGUCAAAAUGUAAUGAAUCAAAAUAUGAAUCAAAUGCCGCAAAAUAUGAAUCAAAUGCCACAAAACAUGAAUCAAAUGUCGCAAAACAUGAAUCACAAAAUGCCGAAUGGUAAUUUUGGCCCUAAUCAGUAUCAAUCGCCGCAUAUGAUGGGCCAGCCAAGGAUGAUGGGACCAGGACCCAUGCCAAACAUAAGACAAAUCUUCCCUAACAACAUGAAUCAGUUCAACCCGAACUUUCGAGGUCCGCCGCCAGCAAAAACCGAACCAACCAACCAAAAUACAAAACAAAUGAACCAUAAGCAAACUGGCCAGCCAAUGAAUCAAACAAUCAACCCACCAGUAAACCAAUCAGCAAGUAAAUCACCAACAAAGCGACAGGACCCAAAGAUUAAAAGCCGAGUGUACAAUAACUCGAAUAAAACUUUGACUUCGGAGAAUCUAGUUCAGAUUAUACAGAAUACCCAUCCGAUGUUGGUUUACAAUAGUUACCAUAAUGCAAACCAUCAUCCAAUGCUGCAUAGGAAUUCAUAUAGUAAUAAUCAGAUGCCACCAAUGAUGAGUCAGAGGAAUGGUGGAUUUAAUAACAAUGUCAGUGGGAACUCGCACAGUGAUGAGAGUAGUGUAUCCAGUGAAGACGAAUAUGCUUGUCUGAUGACACAGCGGGAGAAGCAAUGGCUGGUUAACAUACAAAUGCUACAACUGAACACAGGGACACCAUAUAUACAUGAUUUCUACUAUACUGUGUUCCUCGAGAGACAACAAAAUAAAGCGAAAGAGGGUGUCAAAGAAGCUCAUAAGGCGAACCAACAGAACCAUCCCUUCUACAGUGGUGGUGUGAAGCAAGAGGAGCACCACAGAGGCAGUCGCGAGCGACACAACUCGCACUCACACCGCCAUAACUCUACGAGCGAAGACCCGCCGCGCACCUACGUGCCCACGCAGUUCGAGAACUCGCUCGGCAAGCUGCAGUGCGGCAGCGUGACGGCGCCUCGCAAGAUCAUCGACGUGGAGCUCGUGAGCUCGGAGCCCGCGGCCGGCGCCGGCUCGCGGGCGCCGAGUGUCGCCAGUACCACGCACCCUGCGGAGGUGCCCCGAGAAAUGAAACGUACAAAACAAUUAUUGUUGGACAUUGAAGCAUUGUACCUCAUUCUGCUGAGGCUUGAGGAGUUGAACGAUCCGUUGGCAAUCUCCAAUGCGCUCAUAUUGAAAGAGAGGGAGGAGAAACAAAAGCAAUUGGAGGCGGCGCAGAAAGAUGCAGAGAACCAAGAAGAGAACGAAACCAACGUUUUUCUGAAGAAUAUCGAGUCAGUGCAACGCAGGCCCAAGCAGGACAGCCCUAAAAGUGAUUGUGUUGAUAAGAGACAGGUAGUUAGCCUAGCUGUGAGCCAGAAGCCUCCGGUGAAGAAUCUACUUGAUGAAGACAAAGAUGAUCUCCUCAACAAAAUGUUUGUCGGCCUGCUGAAUGGUGAUCGACUGCAGCAGAUGCUGACUGCAAGGAAAGGAAGGGUACUAGUCAGUCGGUUCCUGCGUCGGGUGCCCCCGACUCACAGCCGGCUGCGCGCGUUGUGGUGCAAAGUGUUGCGAGCCCUCGCCGCCAGCAAACGAGACCUUGGCCUCGCCGUCUACAGCGAGAGUUACCGCAAGUACAUUCAUAACAGCUCUGGUUGGAACGCGGUUCUUGAAUCGUGCGCAAUUUUAUCCGAAGCGUUGGACCCCGCGCGGGUGCCCUAUGCACUCACAAGUGCUCUUACCCUGAGUUGUGUGUGCGCGCUCACAGAGAAGGCUAUGGUGCUAACGAAUACUCCGGAAGCGACAUCCAGCGAACGGCAGUGGUUCAGGUUCCUCAAGACGGUCGCCCGCGCGCUCAAACACACCAGCCUCGCUGUGGCCAAGCCCGUGUCGCCGCUCAACGAGAAGAAGCUGUUCUACCACAUCAAGCUGAUGGACUCACGAAGCACGGUCGAGAUACUGCAGCGCGGCAAGAAGACAUCGGAGUUCGGUGAUUUGACCAAGUCGGACGUGUCAGAGCUGCUGAUUAGGUAUUUGUGUUGAUUUGGGGGUUUUGUGGCAGCCGAUUGUGUAGCUGGGUGGUACGUGAAUUUUACGAAGACAGAUUCGUGGUCGCAUAUAAUUCAUACGAGCUAUAGGUAUCGCCACAGAUCAUGACACUCGAAAAAGAAUAUUUCGUCGAUGUUAACACUAAGGGACUACUUACACUUAUUCAGCUGCAUUCGCCUUAAACUUGGAGUAACUUUUCAUUGCGUUAAUUGAUAAGACAGAUACAGUUCUGCUCCUAACAGUCGAGCACAGGGUCGUAAGACUGAGAAAAGCCAUCAUUGCGUGUUAUCGCCGACAUCAAUGAAAAUAAUCUUUCUACAUUCGCGUUGUGGUUAUGUAAGUGCUCCCACAUCGCCAGUCGCCCGCGCCUCUCGGCCCGAGCUGAAUAUUCUAUAUUUGUGGUAAUUGUCGAAAAUUAGGACAAAUAUGGGACAUGUAACAACGAUGGGACGUAUAAAUUCGGUGACAGCCCCGUAUAACCGGGUCGCCCUAUCCAUGCAGGUCGCAACUGGUCGACAAGGAGGCGAGAACCAUUCGUGUACAACGCGUCCGACGCUGAUCGCUGCGGAACGGCACUGAACGCGGCAGAACAGCGCUGAAAUCUGUAUAAAUAGCACUCGCAUGAUAAUAAGACAUUUGUCCUCAUUUAAUGAACGUCUUCAUUUAAAAUCGUUGUUUUCUGUGAGCAUAAGUUGAAUAGAGCCGGAAGUGUGAGUAGUCCCUUCAUCGGCUCAAGGAUUUUGUAGAAAAAUUUAAUUUAUAUCGUGUGUUUCUGCAUGCAACACAGUUCUAUCAUUCAAUAAUGUAAAUGCAAAUUUUAUACAACGUGUCGAUAUUUCUUUGUAAAAUGCUCGAACUGGACGCAUCAAGCCUGUGCCUUCAUAGUGAAUAGCUCGUCCGUUUUUAUAUAUCCACGCCCGUUUUUAUGAACAUGUUACAAGUUGUCAAUAGCAUACAUUUUUCUGUUUAAAUUGUUCGUUAAUAAUUGUAUAGGAAGAGUUUUCGGCCUAUUGUUAAACAAGGAUGUAAUAAAAUUUAAAUUUUGCUUAGAACUAGAAGUUUGUGACGUCAAGUUUUAAUAUAUUAACAGUUUUAUAAAGUAGAUGUUUUGCAGUAAAUUUUAAAACAUCUGCACAUUUUACUUAAAAAAUCUUGUUUCAUUAUUUAAAUUAUGUAAUAAUUUGGAGGUGGCAAACAGAAGGUGCUUUGAGUCUGCACCUCUAUAGAAAAGACUAAAUAUUUGCAACUCUAGAUCAUAGAUUCAAUAUAAAAGUUCUAGACCAUAAUAUUUUAUUAUAAUAUGACUAUAGACUUUUACAAAUCAUUUGUAUUGAAAAUGUAGAUAUAAAAAAACGCACUCAGUCAUAUGUUUGUAUAUUUUAAUUGUGAUAGACUUGGAUGAUAUAAAUUUGAAUUCUCUAUUGUAAUUAGAAGGUAAGAAUAUUAGAUAAUUGGGCUACUUUUUAGUGCACUUAGACGAUUCAGAUGGUCUUUAUUUAGCCCAUCUAGAAGUAAUCAAAGGUUUGUUAGAAUGUAUUGAGUUUGCCAAGUACUACACGGCCAAAUUAUUUCUGGAUCUUGCUGGAACGGGAAGCCCCUACCAUUAUUAGCUUCAGGUACAUGUCGUGAUAUUUUCGUGCUAUUACUGAGUAUCACAACAUAACACCUUUAUAUCAAUCAAUAAUACAGAAAAAUAAAUCGUUGUUUAUUUGUUAAUAAUAAUAUCCUAGUGACGUCAUCGUCGUCAUGUCCAGAGAUAAUGUAUGACAAUGGGUAGUAUGUUUGACACUGUGUAUAUCUAAGCUGAGUCUAUUUCUUAUGAUGAGACAGAUAUGCUCUGAUAUGUCUGUGACAACUAUAAAAUGCUAGUGCCGGUUCAGAGUGUGUGGUUAUUGUAGCUAUUAUUUUUCAGAUAGAGCUAGGGUUGUCAACUAUACUUUAUAAGAUAAUCUAUGACAUACUUUGUCUAUGUUGGAGACAUACACCAAAAAUACUGUUCUGACAUUAACUGACAUUUUGGCGAAUGCCAGUCUUUCAUAUGAACGUAACAAAAAGAAAGUUUCAAGUAAACAAAUUUCAUAUAAUGAAUGGCACCCAAAGCCAUAAAACUCGCAGCAUCCGAGCGCAGUCGCAGUCAGCUAUGUCUUAAUAUAAUGUCAAUGUAACAACUUUUUGGAGCAUGAAAUAUUAAAUUUCUAAAUCUAAUCUCAAGUAUGGUUUGAGUACUUCUCAGGUCAGAAUUAUGUAGCAUGCCCAUAAAGAGGUAUUGGUUAAAUGUUCAGUAUGUAAAGUAAUACAGCACAGUGACAUAAGCUAUUUUUGUAUUAAAAUAUUUCAUGAUGAGAGCAAAACUUUUGGGAUAUAUUAAGAUAUUAGCACAUUUUUGAAAUCGUUUAGGCUAAAUUAUUAUUAACAUUCGCUUUUUUGUAAAUGUUUUAGAGUUGUAGGGAUGGGUGUUUGUCGGUAUCGAUAAUUUUAUAAAAUCGCUUUUAAUUCUGAUUAAUUUAUAUCUAGAUUAAUCAAGUGACAGUACAAAAAACACUGUUUCGCAAAUUGUUUUUGAGUAAUUGAGCAACUCAUGCAGCACUUUUAAUAUCGACAAACAUAUUGAUCGUUUUUCAUCAUUGUAAAUUAAUAAUUUGAAAAUAUUUUAUUUAGGUAAAAUUAUUUAUUGGUAGUAUAAUUUUGGAUAGUGGUAAGUUGUGUCGAAAAUUGUUAUUACGCAAUUGACAAUCAAAUGUAUUUGUAAAUCAUUUUCAAGACUUUAAUUUGAUUGGAGUUCUCUUGUAAAUUCAAUGUAAUUUAAUAUAAAGGAAUGGAAACCUUUGUAAAAUCUCAUCACAAUUUUGUGUACUUCUAGUAUCAUUCGAUCACACAUUUCAUUCACAUCAGUAUUUCUUUUCCAUUUGUUUUUAACUAGGCUUAUAUUUGUAAUACAAAAGUACAUGUCGAUUCUAGAUAACAUUGUGCUUUGUGUUGCUAGAAAUGAAACACUUAAAGUUAUUAUUAUCAUUUUACCAAGACCACAGCGGUGGCUUUUACUGCCGUGAAGGAGUAAUGUGAAAGCAUUACUGUGUAUUGGUUUGAAGGACGACGUCAGUAGUGAAAAUACUGAACAAUUGAGACUGCAUGUUAUAUGUCUCAAUGUGACGAGGUCAAUUGCGAUGCCGGUCCAAAGUUUGGGUUCAAUCAAUCCUGAAUAGUAUUUGUAAUGGGCAAGGCCUGCAUUAACUCGUUUCUCAAAAUUCAUCAAUUGGGCCCCACAAACUGAAGAAAUGUUGCUUGACUAAAAGCAAUCAGUAAUAAAAGUGUUUCUUGUUUAUGGGAUUUUACGUUAUAUAUUAACGGCCUUACAAAUAAAUCAAGAAUGUGCAAAAUUUUGACUUAUCGCUGACAACAAUGUCCAAUAAUUCUGAAGUUUUCAGAAUGUCGAGCAGCCUUGCAAAUAAACGCGGGAAAUUUUAUACAUCCGAAUAAACGAUAUAUAUGUAUCUUAAGUAAAAUGACAAUUUGCAAACAUUUGCAUACUCUUUAUUUUCUGGUAUAAAUUAAUACCAUGAUUAUUUGUAAGGCCGUAAGAUUCCAAACUGUAAAUGUAAAACCAUUCAGGGACCCAUUCGAAACCUUAAAUAUUUAUUCAUCACGAUCGAAUUAACCGUUUGAAAAAGGAAUGUUAUAAUUUUUUAUAAAAAUAAUAAUAUAUCUAAUUUCAUUAAUUUUAUAUCUCCGCAAAUACGUAAUAUUGAUAUUACAGGGCUCAUAUUAACCCUAACAUUACGGGCGAAAGCAGCUGUAAGGCACAGCUGAAACCAUUGUCAAUAUGGCUGCACAAUUUAAUGUUGCCACCUCACAAAUCACUCGACAUUAUUUUUGUAUCGAUAAAUACUACACAGCACUACUUAUUUGUAGAUGGCAAUACUGAUUUAAGAAUGGUAUAUAUAUUUUUGAUCCAUUCGAUAAAAUUAUUCUUGUAAAUAUUAAUAAGAGAAUAAAAAUAUAUCCGGCUAGUUUUAACUGUAGCUUAUUAUUUAAAAAAAUAUUAGAUGGGGUUGCUAUGUAGUAAAAGUCCAUGCAAUUUUGAAAUUGGGAUCAUAUGUUACUUGUCCGUUUUAAAGUUCAUGGAUGCUUUAUAAUUCGCGGAUAGGAGGAUUGAUUUUUUCGAUUCUCUCGAGACUGUGAUCUUUUUUUUGUGAAGAAAUAAAUAGAACUGUAUGAUUAAGUAAAUGUUUUAAUUUGUGAUAUAUGAAAAAAUCGGUCCUCGAAAAAUCACAUAACUCGCAUAUGUUUAGAAGUUUUGUGACGUAAGCAGAGUUGAAAUAAAUAGAAGGUGUUCAUAUUGUAUGAACUUAAAAUGGCGACCAAGUAUGGAUAAAUAUCUAACCUCCAACAUGCAAUUUAUUUUUUAAAGAUUUUUGCCGCUCAAUAUGUUAUAAAUGGCUAUGCGCGGGAGGUUUAUCAAACAGCGAACAGUAUACUUGUUUAGACAACACACGAGGACCGCCAUUUUGAUGACGUCACAAUAUGUCACCUCCAUUUUAUUUAAGCCCUGCGAAAAAUAGUUGAUAAUUUAAACGUUUUUAUUAACAUAACACGUUAAUUAGUUAACAUAGAUAAUAUAUUUAAGUCUGUUCGCGUUGUACUAGCCUGAUAGCGUAUUUAUCGGAAAGGCUUACGUUUCCAGCGCGAAUUAUUUACUUGUUGCUGUUUUUGUGGGGAGCUGUCACCGUACGGAAUUAUUAUCAUUAUAGGUUGUUGAUAGAAAUUAUAAAAUUGUAUAUAAAUUAUUAACUGCCAACUUUUAUUUAAGUUAUAUAUCUUGGCUAACGCUUAUAACUUUUAUAAAUUGUUUUUUUUAUUUCGUGUACGGACAGCCCGAGUUUUUUACUAAAUAUUAGUAGUUUUUAGUUUUUUUUUAUCAGUAAAAUAAAUGGCAAUUUUGUUUAUGGA